GAUUACUGAUUAGGUUGUUGUGGUUCUGCAAUAAUUUACCAACAGGAGCAGUUGGCAUUAGUUGGUGUGUCUUUUAAAAUGAUACAUGUCACCUCAUAGCUUGGGCAGGUACACAAAGCAAGGACUCUCUCUCACACAUUCUCUCUCAUCUUUCUCUCUCUAGCUUGGUAAUAGUAGUAGUAGCUCCUGGUGUUGUUGUGUUGUGAUCUAUUAAAGUUAGAUAUUUAUGCCACAUUUUGAUGUUUAUGCUUAGUACCCAAUUCAUGAAAUUGCAUUUGAUGCUCCCGUCAGAGACACCCCAGUAAAGGGGACUCUUCUCAAUUCUGUCUCUUUCAGCAGAAUUUGAUGCCCAUGGUCGUGCCUUGUUCUUGGAUUCCCAUUCAAGAAUUUAAUUGCAAGAACCCCUCAUGUCCUAUCUUUUAAAUCAAAAAAAUUGAAAAUAUACUCAUUGUUGGAUUGGAGCUUCUUAGAACAAGUGUGUUUUGUUUCCACUUCAAAUCAAACCAAGCAAGGCAACAACAAUUAGUGGCAGUGAAUAUCUUGCUUAACACCAAUGUUUUGGUGUUGUAGUGAGGACAAAGGAGAAAAGGGAAUCUGCUUUACUUGUAGUUUGAUGAGCUGUUAGCUGAUAAUCUCACUGCUUUAUGCUCUGAAGACUGAAAGGUUCACUUUCUUGUCUGAGGGGAAGCAUUUUUUUCCCCUUUUACUGAGCAUUGAAGCAGUAGACUUGAUCUUAGGGUUUUUGAUUUGAAGGGAACUGGUGACUGACUAGGAGAUUAUAUUCCAUUUACCUUUUCUUUUGGUUUUUCAUUUAUCUAAGCCUACACAAUGAGGGUUUUCUUUAACUUUAACUUCCUCUCAGUCCUAUAAAGCUGCCAAGUUAUUUGUUCCUUGUUUAGUCCUGCAAGAUAUCUCUAGAGCCAACUUAGUCAAAAUUCACUUUACCCUUUAAUCAUAUGCAAUUGUUUAUUUCUAGAUGCAGCCCUGAUGUGAUCAAACUGUUGAGUCUGAUUGAUUGGUGUGUUCUGUGUUCUGUGUGUGUAUAUAUAAAGAGGUUGCUUUCUCAGUUGAAACUGUUUAGGGACUAUUGAGUUGGUUGGUUAAGAUGGGGGGUCAGGAGAAUGCCAUGGGGUUUCAACAUGGAAAUAAGAGCAUUCUGACUUGUCCAACUUCAGGUCUCAGUGGUGCAAAUAUUAAUGUUUCAGAAAUGGCUAUUAGUUCUGUUUCUAUGGCCAAGCCUUCUUCAGAUGUAGCUAACAACCCUUUUCUUGCUUCAUCCGCUUGGGAUCCACUUGUUUCCUUGAGCCAGGCUCAAACUUUUGGAGGCUCUUCAAUGGUUUCUCAUACUGAGUUUGCCAAUGCCAACUCAUCUUACCCUCUUGUUUUGGAAAACCAGGGAAUAAGCAGCACUUCCCACCUUGUUCAAUACAUGUCUGAGUCAAAUCUUGGGGGCAUGGUCCCCAAGGUUCACUCUUAUCAAAGUGGAGGCUUCUCCGAGAUGGUUGGUGGUGCCUCUUUUGGCCAACAUGGGUCUGGUGACAUGGCUAACACAGGUUAUCCAACACAUUAUAAUCAGAUCAAGGAGGCUAUAACUAAUGGUGAACAAUCUCAGGUUGAGGACUCAAUUCCUGAAGAUGAAGCACCCGGAUCUGCCCCUAGUGGGAAUAGAAGAAAAAGAGGGCUUGAUCAUAAUUCUACCUUCAGUCCAAAUAAGAAUGCUGAGAGUGAUGCUGUGAGAGAUUCUCCUGGGAAGACCUCUGAUGGUCCAAAAGAACAUGAAAAGAAACUAAAAGUUGAGCAGAAUAAUGGUGCAGAUAUGCGUGGUAAGCAAUCAGUGAAGCAAGCUAAAGACAACAAUUCUCAGAGUGGAGAAGCUCCGAAAGAUAAUUUCAUUCACGUGAGAGCUAGGAGAGGUCAAGCUACAAAUAGCCACAGCCUUGCAGAACGGGUUAGAAGGGAAAAGAUUAGUGAGCGAAUGAGGUUGCUUCAAGAACUUGUUCCAGGAUGCAACAAGAUAACUGGCAAAGCUGUAAUGCUGGAUGAGAUAAUAAACUACGUGCAAUCACUUCAGCAACAGGUUGAGUUUCUGUCCAUGAAACUUGCCACAGUGAACCCAGAACUGAACUUUGAUGUAGACAGGAUCCUAUCCAAGGAUAUUCUCCAAUCACGCAUAGGUCAUGGAAUUGGUGCAUAUGGUCCUGGAAUUAAUUCUUCUCACACAUUCCCCAAUGGAAGUUUCCAUGGAACAUUGGCUGGCAUGCCUAGUACAUCAUCACAAUUCCCUCCUUUGCCCCAGAAUGUUUUGGACCACGAGUUCCAAAGCUUCUAUGGAAUUGGAUACGAUUCUAAUGCAGCACUUGACAACUUGGGACCCAAUGGGCGGUUGAAAACAGAGUUAUAGUGUGUGGAUUAUUAUAUAGCCAUGAUACUACCACAACAAAGACUUUGGAAUUUUCUCGUUGACUGCACAAUUUAACUGAAGUUGAAAAUGGGAGGACAAAGAAAGAGAAAAAAAUAAUAAUAAAGGUUUUAGUUGUAUAGGGUCUUUAAUACCUAACUGUUGGCUCUUCGAAAUUUUAGCAGAAGAUGAGUUGAGUUGUUAGAUUUAUGAAUUGGGAAAUGAGUUACACAUAUUAUGUGUGGAAGCUAGAUCAUGUAGUGGUGAUGGAGAGCAAUAUUUGAGGAGUAAAGUGUGCAACUAUUGUUACUUUUAUUGAAUUAUUAUUAUUAUUAUUAUUAUUAUUAUGUAUAGAGUUUAAGGGCUCGGAUUUUUGAAGCACAUUGUUAAUUUUCAAUAGUGUUGUAGAUUGGAUAAUGUGUGUACUUGUGCAAGGGUUCAUGAUUGUUCUUAUAUCUUUUCAAAAGAAAAUGUAACGAAUGAGGACAUUCUUAGUGCAUACAACUACAAGGGUGAAAAUGUUGCAAUUGCCCUUUUAA